CCAUAUUAGAUGGUUUAUGUAGACAAUUUUUUAUAGUGCAUUUAGAAUUUUGUUAGUAUUUAUGUCUCUAACAAUUGAAUGUACAUAGUAUUUUGUUUAUCAGACCAUCGGAGGUUUAAGCCUUUCAAGGAACAGGUUCAAUAAUGACUAUUUUACCAAAAAAGAAACCAGCCAAGGAUAAAUCGGAUCCAGAAAAUUCGGAACAUUCUUCCUGUUCAGAGAGUCGACAUAACCAUCCCCACUCGCACAGCCACUCUCACUCACACUACCACCACUCGACUACCAGCGAGUCUCGACACGAGAAGGGUGCACGUGGGAGAACGUCGCCGACGAGGUGGCUGCCUCCACCAAGAGAGGAGAAACUCCCCACUCACGAUCCAGGUGGAACUUUUGACAGCCACGAUAACUCGUCCAGUCACAACAAGAGGCGACACCGCUCCUCUCCCCACAGGACUGCCAGAAAGCACAGGAACCAUGCGACCCCUGCUCCACUGUCCCCUCACAGCCCAAGUGCUGGACCCUCUCAACAGUGCGAGGAUGGUUAUAACAGUGGGGACGAGCACUGUCCGCCCACUGUUCCUGAUAACAUAGAGGAGCUUGAGAGGUGGUUUGAGAAAGCUUUGAAGGAGAAAAAGGGAUUUGAUAUUAAGAAGAUGGGACAAGAUGGUGCCUGCUUGUUUAGAGCUAUUGCUGACCAAGUAUAUGGAGACCAGGAGAUGCACACUAUUGUUAGAAAAAACUGUAUUGAUUACAUGGCAAAGAAUCCAGAAUUUUUUUCUCAAUAUGUGACUGAAGAUUUCAAAACCUAUUUGAACAGAAAACGAAUGGAGAGCUGCCAUGGCAACAAUUUAGAAAUGCAAGCCAUGGCAGAACUCUUCAAUCGGCCAAUAGAAGUUUACCAGUAUAGUAUAGAUCCAAUUAAUACCUUUCACGGUGCUUACAAGACCGACAAUGAACCAAUGCGUGUCAGCUACCAUGGAAGUGUCCACUACAACUCUGUAAUCGACCCAUACAAAGCAACCAUUGGAGUUGGGCUUGGUUUACCUGGAUUGCAACCAGGACUUGCCGAGAAGAACCUGAUGCGGGACGCGGUUAAACAGUCGGAGAACUUUCAGCUGGAGAAGGCCAUGCUUGAGGACAAGCUGAGAGAGACGGACUGGGAGCUGACCCAGGACACCAUUGAGGAGCAGGUGGCCCGGGAGUCCUACCUGCAGUGGCUCAAGGAACAGGAGAAGCAGGCUAAGAGACAGGGAUCGGCGCGGUCUGCCAGUGCCACGUGCAGCUCAUCCAGUGAUUACACCCACACGUCUUUCGAUGGAUCGGGGUCGCCCGACGCGCGGGGCGGGAGGUCGCCACGUCUGAGAAACGGGCAGAGUUCCGGUCAGAACAGUCCCCAGCGCAUGGAAGCAUCUGAUGCCCUAGCAACCCAGGCUACGAGUCAGUGUGGGCCAACAGCAGGUUGUUCUACAUCUAACACGGCCGAUGUUCUGUCUUUGGUACCUGAUGUAGCAGAUAUUCCUGUAGGACCACAGGGGGCGACUGGUGGCUUCGAGGAGACUGCAUCAAUAAUGAACCACAUUGCACCAUAUGAUUGGGAUGAGGACGAGAUUUUGGCACAGGUGAUCGCUCAGUCUCAACAUGAGUAUCUCGACAGCCUGAAGAAAAACGCUGCAGUGCCCAUGUCCAGUUGUGAAGUGUCCCCAACAACCUCCAGUAGUGUCGAUAGUAACCAAAUUAACCUCUACACAGCAAACAGCUAACAUAUACUUGGAUUAAUUUUUUAAUAUAUUUUUUUUCCAAAUUUGAACAACAAAAUGCAUAUAUUUAUGUAGGACGGUACCACAGAGCUUGUGGAAUACAGAGAAUGGGUGGUUCUCUGAUCGAUUUUCAAGAAAAUCAUUUUUAAAAUCUUGGAAUGGAAAGAAAAUCGGUUUAUUUUGUUUUUAGUUUAAUUUACACCAUGUGGGCAUUUUGGUUAAAUAUUGCUUUUCAAAAUGAAAUUAAAUGUUAUAAGAAUAAAUCAGGACUGCAGUAGAAAUGUUCAUAUUUUGGAGAAAAGAAGAGAGAUUUUCCUCUAUUUUUAAAAAAAUAUAUAUUUAUGACACGCACAGUAGAUGUAUGUGAUUUGCAACCAAGAAUUAGUAGAUCAAUUCAAGAAAUAUACAUUAGGCUUUAAGCUGAAUUUGACAUAUUUUAUAAACAUUUAGUAAAAUAGAGGGUUUUUGUUUUUUAAAUAGCUAUAAACAUAAAAACACAGUUUUUUAAUUAGCUUUUUUGGCGAUUUUGAAAUGGCAUAUUAGCCAAAUUCAACUUUAUAUUGCAUUUGGCGAACAACCGACUAAACUCUGAUACCUGUACUUGUAUUGAUGAGAAAAUGUAUGUGGGUUAUAGUCCCCUGAAAACUGAGGUGAAUACCAGUUUUGAAAUUUGUCUCAUCUUGUUUCAUUUACCUUUGUUUGACAUCCAAUAGCCGAAGUAUUGUCCGUGCUAGGGUGUUGUUAAACAUUCAUUGAUUCAUUCCAUCUUAUUUAGAAGUAGUAUGACCACCUGUCAGAUGUUAUGUGCAUAGAUUUUGGUUGGACUCUGCUAUUUAUAGGAUUCUUAGGAACUCUCACUGUGUUGCACCAGCCAUCAGUUUUAAUUAUAAAAGUUAACAUGAAAAGUGACUUAACCAUUUUUAUUAAAAAGUAUAUAUAUAUAAUGUUUUGUAUUUUGCAGUUAAUACCUUCCAUGUAUCGUAUAGGUAUAAAUCAGGAGUAUAUAUAGUCUUCUCCUACUCUUAUUAGUAAACCUAUUUAUUUCAUAUGUAAUAUUUAUUGCAGAACUACAAUAAAACUCUUCGUCUUUUUUGUGUGAACAAACACAAAAAAUUACAAAACGUUUUCAAAGCACAUUACAAGAGUAAGAUAAACAUCAAUUUAAAUUUACUUACAAAAGUAGAAAGAUGCAUUUAAAAAACAGUGGUAUGACACUCCUCGAUUGUGAUCAAGGCGCAUGGUUUAGUAAACAAUAAACAUUGUAGAAAUUAAAUUAAAAACAAAAUUGGACAGUUUUCCAUUAUUUUGUGCUUUUUGAUGCUUACAUUAUAAUCAUCAUGUUUAGUAACAAUAAUAAUAAUAAUAGUUUGUAUCCUGUUUGACAUGUGUUCAUGAAGUAUAUUAGCAUCAUAUAUGUUUGUAAGAAAAAAAUGGAUGCCCGUUUGUUUUAGUAGUUCAGUUAGAGCCAAGCUGUGUAUAUCGGAGACAUAAUUUGCUUUUGUACCUAGAUUGUUUUGAGUCAUUUACAUAACUGUACUUCAUUGAUGCUUUGAAAUAGUGAUUAUUGUAUGUAUGUCUUGUGAUUAUUUAAUGAACCAAAUAUUGCAAAUUACUAGUAAUUAUUAUUAUUAUUAUCUUAUUAAUAAAACAUAGGUUUCAUUUGGCUAAAUGACUUCAUUAUUACUGUUGUCAAACAUACAUUGAUAUUUCUCCCUGUUGCAAGCAUGUUUGUAAAUUCUAUCAAGGGAGGUGGGGUAGGGAAAUAUUUGUUACUUUUAAGGUUAAUCGUUUCAAAGCACAAUAGCAUGUGAAUAUGGAGGUUCUUUUUACAUCAUUCAUUUAAAAGUGAAACAACUUAGUGAAUACUAGUUUGAACAAAUGUAUGCAUUUAACGUCAUGUUAGUGCGAUAAUGAGAUCAAGGGGUCUGCCUCUUAAAUGCAGUAUAAUAAAUACCUUCUUUUUUCUCUUUUUUUGGUGUCGUCAUGUCAGCCAAGCGCCCAAUGUAACAGCUUUAUCACUGUUUUACCAGUACUUUAUAUAAUUUAAAUUUUUUCCACAACUUCUGCCACCCUUCUAAGAUCAUUGAUCACAUUUUCUUAAUAUUCUGCCAUUAGAAUUACAAAAUAUCAUAAUCCAUAUUAAUAGCUUACAAUUUAAAAAAAUAAUAAAUUUGUAUUGGUGAAAUCAAAUGUUAGGCUAAUCCAGAAAUAAAUGUAGUAGCUGAUGAUGGGUAAUUGUUGCAUCAAAUUUUAAGUUGUUAACAAUUUUUCACUGACAUUUCUUUGAGGUAAGUUAUGUUCUAGUACACACGGGUCCAAAAAGUGUAAAAAUAAGUAGGCCUUUUCAGUAGUACAUAUUCAGAUAAAUUUGGACCCUUCACUUGCACCUGUUUUAUUGUAGUCUGUAUUUCUUCAUGUAUGCAAUGUAAUGCAUAAAUAGUACUGAAGAGAUGCAUUUAAGCCAGAAUGUUGUUGACCAUGUAUGUUAAUUUAUGAUUAAAUUAAUUAGAGAAAGCUGAAUCUGCAAAUGAACAUUGUUUCUUUUUUAUUUGUUCACUUUGCUUAACUUUUGUUUUGUUUUGUGUUUUCGUUUUUUCUUAUCUGUGAUUUAUGAGUGCUUUUGCAGUCAUCUGGACAAAGUUUCUGUAUAUGUAACCUUUAUCGGAUGCAGAGUUUUUUAUGCCGGUAUAAGCAAUUUCGGAACUUGCCUGGUUUAUCAUGUCAGUCAUAUCAGUGGAUGACUAUUUGCACAAUGAUUACAACUCUGCAGGGUCUGUCUUCAAAGGCAAAGUUGCACAGCAGUUGACCUGCCAAAUGGUUCCACAGAGUAUUACUUAAAAGUAUAUACAUUUAAUUUGUCUUGAAAUAUACUUUAUUCACCAAGCUACAUACUAUAAAAGAGAUAAUGUUUAUAAGAGUAAAUGUUUCUGAUUUGAAAAUAACAGCUAUCUUAUGGUUAGUAAUUUUCGCCAUCACCAAAUUAAAUUAAAACAUUUUGUGCUUUUUUUUUCAUUAAGUGUAAAGAAAAUCCAUAUGAUACAUAUUUAUUAAGUCCAUGUGCAAUGAAUGAAUAAAUCCCUGGAUGUAGCUUAGCUUUAUCAACUCUCUAACAAAUGAGAAAUAAAGACUAGCACUUGUACUGGUAAUAUUGUUUUACUCUUUCAGUGCCUGUUGUUAAAAAUUACUCAUCUGGUGUCUGUGUGUACAUAAAACUAUCAAAAGCCUUUUGAGUUGCCAAGUUUACAAACAAAUCAUACUGUUAGUGUCUGAUGCUCUGUUGUACUCUUCAGUAGGUCAGCUGCUUUGCCAACUAUGCCUUUUAUUUUAUUAUUAUUAUUUUGUGUUUUUUUUGCCCUGCAUUUAAGCUGGUGAACAUUUUGCAAUGUUAAAACCAAAUACUAUAUAUCUUUACCAAUGUUUGAAUUAUGAGAUUGAAGAAAUGAUGUUGACUUUCUAUGCAGGAUGCUCAGUGUAUAUUGAAUAGCGAGUAGCUGAGAAUGUACAGUUCUCUCUCUGUAUAACCAGUAUUGGGCAACGUUAACCAAGCCUUGAACCAAAUUGUGUGUGUAAAAUAUUCUUCCAUUUUGCAUGAUAUUAAAAUUGGCAUAUCUGGCUGUUGUCCACGUACUUGUUCUUUCAACUUCCACCCUCUGUAGUUACACCUGUACAGUCACUCCUGAAUUCAGGUAGACUGUUUGAGUGUGAAGUUACAGUUACUGUAGUGACGAGUGCAGCCAUAUUACAUUUCACAUAACUAAGCAGCCAAUUUUGCAGUUAAUUUUUGGUGUGAUUUGUAAUUCAAACCAGGCCUGGUGCUUAUAUAACAUUUAGAGUGAAGGUGAUGGCAACGCCAUACACAUUGUAUGUUUGUGACGUCAUAGAUAUUGAGUUGGACUCUAUAAAAGUUUUAUAAGCACGGGCCCUGGUGUUUGGAAUACAUCGAGCUGCUGUUGCAUUUUUCAUUUGUUAAAUAGUUUGUCAGAUGAAACGUGAAGAAUACGAUCUGCCAUUGGGUAUUGUUGAUCUUUUGUUCUGAAGUAUAUUAUUUCCUACAUGCAUGAGCUCUGUCAUAAUCCAGUAGUACAUUUUUGUUGAGAUACAAUGGAGCUAGUUUGAAUGUGUUAACUUUUUGCAUUGUUACAAAUGCAUAUUUUCAAUAGUUAAGCAUGUAGAAUAGAGCAUCCCUCUUUUUCCCCCCUGUAAUGUGCCAUGCUUCAACGUGGACUGUAAUCUAGGUCACAUUCACACCUUUGUCAGUGAAAUUGACAUCACUUGUUGAUCCGCUAAAGCGACGCCACACGAUAGAGUGCCUUGUAUGAGAAUAACACAUUGUAUAGUAACUGAUGCAAUCAUAAUGUCAUAACGUUUGUUUUUCACAAUCUGCUAUUCUCAUACAUAGUGUUUUUCCUAGAAAUUUGGCAAGGGAUGGUAGACUAAAUACUUUUGGGGCAUUUUAACCAUUUUCAAGGCAUUUUUUCCCCCACUAAAGACAAUUUUUUAUUAAAAUAAAAAUAAAUUAAUUAAUGAGCUUGCUUUAAUAAAUGGAUGGUGAAAUAUAUAACAGGAAUAUUUAAUUAAUUUAAUUACAUUUUCUGAGUAUUUUAUAAAGGCUAUUUUAGAAUUAAUACUUAAAAAAGGCUUGUGUAAUCUCAGGGCAGCAUGGUGAUUAUUAAUGCAAGAUGGCACUUGGCUAUUGAGGCAUGGUGCCGCACCAUCACCAUGUUCAAACAAGCCAAGGAAAACACUACUUACGAGGCACUUGUAUUGUGUGGGUUCGCCACAUGUUCCUGGUAAGGGGAUAUGUACAGUAUAUGUACCAUGCUAACUCCUACAGUACAUGUUGUGGAAGAAACAAAAGUUAAACUUUUUAUGCCUACCAUUACAUGAAUAGGAAUAUAUAUGAUAGGGAACGGUCAAAUUGUUCGCAAACGUUCUCGUCUCUUCUCUCCCCCCCCCCCCCACCCCACCCCGAGGUCUCACCUAAUGUCGUUUUCAUUAGUUGAAAUGUCACCUUGUAGAUAAAAAUUAGCAUUGCUGCUUCAUGCUAGUGUUUGUGUGUACAUGUCUGGUGCAGAUCUAAACUGAGAUACGCAAUUGUAGUCCUCGAAAUUCGCGGCGGCAAUCGGCAAUGCCGUCGCAAAAUUGAUUUGCGACAGCAUUUCAUUGCCGUCGCAAAUCUGAGAGAGGUGAAAAGUCUGUAGGCAUUUUUGUCUGAACUCUGUCCAAUUACAGAUCCCAGAAAAAAGCAUUUAUAAUCUAUUGUGGCCCAAUUUUUCCUCAAUUAAGAUAAAUCUGUUUAUUCCAGUAUAGAAGUAUACUAAAGUAAAGUUGAGAUGUCAUCUUUUAGCAUAUUACUGCAUUGGAUCAUAGAUGAAUAAUUUUGACAGCAUUAAUCUUUUCUUUAAAAUUGCCGCCACAGUGCUGUUGCAAAAUUGAUUUACGACGGCAUUUAACUGCCAUAGCAAACUUUUCCGAAUUUCAAGGGCUGCAAUCGUACUAUCCUUAAUGCAUCACCCUAAUUAAUGUAGAAUAGAGGCCAAAGAAACAGUUGUUAAUACACGAUUGCUUACAGGUUUUUAUGAUUAUUUUACUCUUUCUUUUUUCUUUUUAAUGUUUAAUAAAUAUUCGUUAGAAACAGCAUUGUAUCUGGAAUAUACUAAAGAAGGUGCUGAACACAGAGACUAGAUAGUUGACACUUCAGCCCAUUGUUCAUGGUAAUUCGCAUCUAUUGCUUAACUUGCUGUAUAUCGCAUACUUAGGUCUAGGUGAUGUCACAAGAAGCCCGAGUGUGUGUUUGAGAACCAGUGUCGAGUUCAGCGACAGCGACGAAUGCUAACGUUUGCGAACGAUUUGAUUACUUCCCAAUGUUGGCUCUGUACUUGGUCGUUAGCAAAAGCAGAGAAUGUGUCCAGGGUUGACGUGCCUGAACCUUAAUGGAGGAUAUAGGUGUGCUAAUACAGUUCAGGACGUUGGGUUUAACGUGAAGCGCACAACCAGUCUUAAAAUAACGUUUUAUCCUGCUGUUUUGAACUGUAAGACCUACUGGAAGUAAAGGUGUGUGAGGUGUACUGUAUAUUUUGGUAAAUGUCCAAAUACAGGCAUUAAAUUAAACUUUUCAAAGAAUUUCCAUAAGAUUUUGUCUGAAAAUCGUACCAAAAAUGUGUGUCAUGUUUUUGUUUUAGAUUUUUUUUCAUUUUGUUACUGCUUUCAAGAUUGAAACAACUUUCAUCGGUGUAUUGUGUAUCCAAUGGUUUUCCUCGGGAAUGGAAACGUGUCUGCGCUUUCGUGUUAUAAAAAAUAAAUCUUUAGUUUGAAAUAAAAACUAUCUUACAUCA